ACGCGCAGCGCACGCCACAAGCCGCCUGCCGCACUACGCAGUUGACUCGUGACUGUUUUAGUACCGACUACCGGCAUCCGGCUCGACUUUCAGGUUUUCACGUUUUUCUUAGUCGUUACUCGUUAAUUUGUUAGCGUGUGCCGUGUUCUUACUUCUUUGUGUCAUUCGUGUUUUUCCACGGAAAAUUCGCUUGAUUUUGAGUGAACCAAGCGAGAAAAAGCUAAACGCAGUAUUCUAGUCAUUCUGCCCGUCUACCAACGUUCGCAUUUUUAAGCCUUACACGGUUAAGUAUAGCCACAAUACAUAAAUUGCUUUUAAUUUUAGUGUUUUUUCUUCGAUCUUUGUGAAAAUGGCCUGGACGCCCCUCGAGUCAAACCCCGACGUCAUAAACAAGUUCCUAGCUGAAUUGGGAGUUCCUCAAAAAUGGCAAGUUAUAGAUGUACUCAGUUUGGAUCCAGAUAUGUUGGGUUUGAUACCAAGGGCAACAUUAGCCUUUAUUCUCCUUUUUCCUACAAACGAGAAGUAUGAACAGUUCAGAGAAAAGCAGGACGAACAGUUAAAGGAAAAAGGGCAGACUAUUUCCAAAAAUGUUUAUUUCACUAAGCAAUUUAUUUCCAAUGCAUGUGGGACCAUAGCUAUGUUGCAUAGCAUCGCCAAUAAUCUCGAUAGUAUAGAACUUGGAGAUGGAUUUUUGAAGGAUUUUAUUAAAGAUACCGCAGAUAAAACACCCGAAGAAAGAGGUGUAGCAUUACAACAUCACAAGAGUUUUGCUGAUGCACACAACACAAUUGCAGUAGAAGGGCAAACGGAGGUUCCUACUGAUGAAAAACCAGUUAUUCACCAUUUUGUAGCGUUUGUACACAAAGAUGGGCAGCUUUAUGAAUUAGAUGGUAGGAAAUCAUUUCCAAUCAAUCAUGGUGAUACAAGUGUUGAAACAUUUGUAGAGGAUGCUGCUAAAGUUAUGUUGCAAAUUAUAAGAAGUGACCCCGAAGAAGUGCGUUUCACUGUAUGUGCCCUGUCCUCCCAGUAUGAUUGAACACCACACUAAAAGUAAAAAAGAAUUUAUUGAAGAAAAAAAAGCAAAGUAAAAUUAAUUUGGGAAAUGACUGCUUUUUUAUACUCCACCGCAUUAAGCUUUAUUAUUAUUAUUAUUAUUAUUAUUAUUAUUAUUAGUAAAUAAAACCAAAUUGCAUUUAAAAUUGUCA